AUGUCUUCCUCUUCUUCUAUUGUCAACAAAUACUUUAUAUCAUCGGUGCAAGAACAUAGACCUUUGGCCCCAAAGCAACCCAUUGAGCUAUACAGCAACAAGUACUUUUUGGCUUGUGGGCUAGGCGGUAUCUUAGCAUGUGGCCCAACACACUCCCUCAUGACACCCCUUGACCUUGUCAAAUGUCGCUUACAGGUGAAACCUGACCUUUACAAGGGUAUCUUUGAUGGCUGGAAGACCAUUAUCAAGGCUGAAGGUUUUGGUGGUAUCUUGGUGGGUCUUGGUCCUACUGCCAUCGGUUACUCAUUCCAGGGUGCUGGUAAAUACGGUCUAUACGAGUACUUUAAAUAUACAUAUGGCCAAGCCGUGGGUGAAGAAGCUGCCCACAAGUACAGAGGCAUUCUCUAUCUUACAGCAUCGGCAUCUGCCGAAUUCGUUGCUGACAUAUUUUUAUGCCCAUGGGAAGCGCUCAAAGUACGCAUGCAAACCUCCUAUCCACCGUUCGCACGAAAUGCAAAAGAAGGAUUCCAAAAACUCAAGGCUGCUGAAGGCUUGAAAGGCUUUUACAAGGGCAUUGUACCUUUGUGGGGCCGUCAGAUCCCAUACACCAUGAUGAAAUUUGCCUCUUUUGAAGCCACAGUGGAAAUGAUUUACAAGACAUGCCUAAGCAAACCAAAAUCUGAAUACAACAAGAUGCAACAGCUCGGUGUCAGCUUUAUGGGCGGCUACAUUGCAGGCAUUUUGUGCGCCACUGUUUCACAUCCUGCUGAUGUGAUUGUCUCCAAAUUAAACAACCUACCAGAAGCACCCUCAGGACAAAAGCAAAUGACCGUCAUGGAUAUUGCCAAGGAUCUCGGUUGGAAAGGUGUAUGGCGUGGCUUGGGACCUCGUAUUGUUAUGAUCGGUACCCUAACAGCCUUGCAAUGGCUGAUUUAUGAUACGUUCAAAGUGUAUGUUGGUUUACCCACUACAGGUGCUUCAGAUGGAGAUGAUAAGCAACCUACUAAGAAAUAA